AUGGACAAAGAUAGCAUCGCAAUCAAGGUUAGUUGUAACACUAAUAAUAUAGAGACAGUUACUCGUAAAAUUUCUAUCCAUAAGAACAUAAAGUUGGAAGAAUUGGAAUACAAGAUACGGGAACGGUUUAAUAUAAAUUAUGAUAAAGGAAUUGAUAUCUUUUAUAUUGAUGAGGAAAACGAUCGUAUUUAUGUGACUCACGAAGAAGAAUUGUUGCUUGUUUUAAAAAGUCAGGAAUCACCAAAAUUUGAUGUUGUUGUUAAAUCUGUUAAAUCAAAGAGCGGUACAAAAGCUUGGGGAACUUAUAUUUUUACUGAUGAUUCAGAUAUUGUAAAAGCUCUUGCACAUUCUGAAAAAAUAGAACUUACAGAUACUCCACCUUCACAUAAUGUAAUUGCAACUAUACGUUUUUUGCCUGGCUGUCUUGAAUACGUUGGAUCAACUAAUCAAGGGAUAUCAACAUUGGAUUUCAAUGAAUACGACUUAAGUUACGUUAUUGAAAGUGUUAGAACUGUUAGAAAAUCUUCUAAAAGUUCAAGUGAAAAAAAAUCUUAUUAUUAG